UUUUAUUUUUUAACAUUCGUUUUCUUUCAAAGUUAUUGAUAAUUAUAUUUUUUUACAUAUUACUAGUUUCCAUCUACUUUCCCAUAAUACUGUAUAAUAUAUGAUAGUUGUUUUAUAAAAGUAAUAUAUUAUAAUAGAACGAUGGGACACGCAUGGUCAGAAUAUGUAACUCCAGAAACAACCCCGUUGCGGGGUACGCCGUCACAGUUUGAUCCUCACUAUGGAUUUUCCGUACCAAGGCGGGAGAAAAGUAUUUCGUCUUUAUAAACUAAUACCUAAACGAUUUAUAUAUUAAUAAUAUUAUUAUUUUAUUUUACCUUUAGAAAUGAUUGCUACCCUGGCCGAAAUGGAAUCAGCUAAAGUUCCGAUAGAUGCUAGAGAUUUUUGUGCACAUAUGUUAUUAAAUUUAAGAGGCUGCAUCAGGGAACACUUCCCUUUUAACCACCAUUGUCACCAUGAAAGAGAAGAGUAUUAUGAAUGCCAAUAUCACGAGUAAGACAUUAUUGUUGAGUUUUAAUGUUAAUUAUUACUUUUAGUAUUUAUUAAAUAGUUUAUUUUGCUAUGUACUUUAAAAAUUGUAAGGUGCAUUUGAUUAAACAUUGAAAGGUUAGAGUAGGUUGGGUUGGAAAAAUCUUACCUUUCCAGUAAUUUAAAAAUAUUUUAUUCUGCUUUAUGGUUGAAAAUAUAAUUCAUUACUUGACCUAAGUUUUGAAAUUACAAUUUGUUUAACAAUAUAUAUAUUACUACAUGCCAUGCACAUUUUGUUGACAUGUUUGCCUUCCUAACUUAGGUCACUAUAUACUCGAGCUUCAACGGAUUUCCUACUGGAUCCUUAGUUGAAUUUUUUUUUGUCUCUGCAUUAAUUCUUUAUAGUUUUUCUUUUUAGGCUCUCUACCUUCAAUAUAUUAACUCUUUUAGUCAAACCUUUUUUAGAUAGGUAUAUUAUGUGAAUUAAGUUUUGGUUUAUUCUUUAAAGAAAAUUGAUUUCAGUUAAACACACCAUAAUUUUUGAGGCUGUAGUUGAACAAAAAUGCCAAGUGUUUUAAAUUAAAAUCAUUUAUUAUUUUUGUUACAAACAUAAUUACCUAGCAUAUAUUUUUCUGUUGUACACAUUUUUAAAAUUUUUAGUUAGAAUGUAAUAUUUUCAAUUUUUUUUUUUUUCCCCAGACGUUUCGUUUUUAUUGUUUAAUCUAUUAGUAUAAUCGAAACUUAUUUAUCAUACUUAUUUUUAAUGUUUUUUUUAUAUAAACCUUUUUUAAAAUAUAACUUUUGGAAUUAAUCUAAAAUAUGUUUGAAAAACUUGAAAAUCAACAUUAUUAAUAUUUUUAAUUAUCUAUAGGUUUUUAUUAAAGUUUAGUUGUUUUUUUUAAGCUAAAACAGUAAUCUUUCUGGCUUAUUAUUAGAGUUACAAACAUUAAAAAUUGCUGUAAAAAAUGCUACAAUAGCAUCAUUCAUUCCGUUGAUAUAAAUUGUUACAAAUAAGUAUUUAUAGAGUAAACGAGAAAAUCCAUUUUUACCUAAUUUUAUAUUGUCUUAAUGGGCUAAUGCAGUAUUUAUAAAUCGGAAAUUAUUGAGUUCAAAUUCAACAUUCAUAAACAUCUUUGAGAUUCGGAGCGUAGCGAGAAAUGUAUUGGUUUUACAUUGAUAUUUAUUUUUAUUUUUUUCUGCUAAUAACUUUUCUACCAGAAAUCUCGCUCUGAUGUAUUAAGCUUAUCAUUUUUAACUUUUUAAUAAUUUGGAUGCUAUUUCAUCGUUUCCUACAGCCUUAUUACUUUUGAGUAUUUUCAAUUUUCUCUACACUAGGUUCCUUAUUAUCUGGUUCUACCAACAUAUACUAAGUGCUUAUUUGGGGUCCAUCAAUGAUCUUGUUCAGUAGGUUUUGAAACAUUAUUUUAAAUUCCCUUGCUAUUUAUGUUUUUUAGGUUAACAAUAUUCCAUUUUUGUCCUUCAUUAUGGUUAUUUUUGGCUUAUAGGUUCUUGUAAGCUCAUUGGUCUUUAAAAUGUUAGAAUAUUAUUAUGUCACUAUUCAAUUUAUUAAGUAAAAUAAUAAACUUUUUUUUUCAUUUGCAUGAUGUGAUUUUUAUUUCCAUAUUUAUGUGCUUAUUGUUUUUAGUUAUUUGGAUCGCAUGAAGGAUUAUGAAAGAGAAAAACGUUUAUUGGAAAGGAGACAUAAAUUGAGGAAACAAGGUGCACCAAAUGCAGAUGAAGGCACCCUUGUUGCUUAAAUGGCAUGUAUGUCAUUUAAUUAUUUAGGUAAUUAUAAUUUCUAAUAAAUCCAAUGUUUUCAAUUGUACAUUUUAGUUAAAUGCUCAAUCGGAUGUAGUAUAAUAUAUGUAAAGAUAUCAGUUAUAUUUCAAAUAAAUGAAAACCUUUUUAAAUUAAGUUUUUAUAAUAUUAUUUUUAAUUUUCAAAAUAAAAUUAACAGCUUAGUAUCAAAUUAUUGUAAACUUAUUUUGGUAUUCCUUUGUAUUUAUAACUUGUUUGUACCAAAUUUACUUUAUGAGUGUGAUACUAAGGUGUGUAUCAUUGAACAUUUUAAGAAAAAUUAUUUUCAUUAAGAAAUAAAAAAUUAUUUAUUUAACUGAAUUCUGUAGAGAUUAUAUAUUAAGAAAAAAGUGGUAUUAAUUUUCUAUUUUAUAUAGGUACUCUAAUAUUUUUAAAAUAUAAAUAAAUUAUUGAUUUUCAAGUGCAAAGUAGUUUUACAAACUUACAAUUUAUAUCACAAAAUAAUAGGUUUUUUUAUUAGUAUAUAGAACUCUGUGUUUAUAUUGUUUAUUACAGAAAUUGUAUAACAUCUUUUAAUAUUUUAGACACAAACAUUAUUUUGAAAAUUUGUUUUUUUUUUUUUUGUUAAACAAACAAUUUUCUUAUAUUAAUAUUUGGCGAACAUACAUUUCAAAAAAAAAUUUGGUUUAAUUUUUAAAAUAGCUAUUUUAUUUACCUCAUAUUUAUAGGAGUUUCUUCAAAAAUUACAAUAGUUUAGCAAAAAAUCAAUGUAGACAUUAAUCUUAAUAGUCUUAAUACAAUACAUAUUGAGUGUAAAGCAUUAAAAAUUAAAUAGAAAUUUUUAAGUAGAUAAUAUGUUGUUGAUUAAAAAAAAAAAACAAUUAAAGGGUUGCCAUUUACCUGAAUAAUAGUUAUAUUCAAUUUCCUAUCAAUAAAUUAUUAAAUACAAUUUUUAGCAAUUUUCACAUGUAAAAAUAGUUAGUAGAAUAAUUAUAUGCCUUAUAAAAUAUAAUAUGCAAUUUAUAAUAUACUAAAUCAAAUUCAAAUUGUCAAUAUAUCGAAAUUACUUAUGUAAGUUUUUGUGAUUAGAGAAAAUAAAUAAACUAAAAAAGUGAGCAAAUAAACUUAUUGAUUUAUAUAAAACUUUACUUGUAUAAAAUACAUAAUUGUUAAUAAAUUUUGAUGAUCUUUCUAAAUGAAAUCAGUUUUUUAGCUAUUCAUUAUAUAUGGGAUAUUUUUUUUAAAAAAUAUUUAUUUAGGUAUUUAAAAUGGUAUAACUCUAAUAUUAUUAUGAUUAUUAUUUUCUAAUCAACAAAAUAUUCUUGUCCACUGUCCAGCAAACUAACAUUAUUAAUCUAGAUUUUAAAUAUAUUUUGUAGUUUAUAAUUUAUUUUGUUAUUCAAUUUUUAUACAUAAAUGUCAUAUAUUGCAAUAAAAUAACUAAAUCGCAUUUAUUAUUCCAUUCACUUUUACUGGCCAGAUAAAAUAAAUCAUUUAAUACAAAACUAAUUAAAAUAUAUUAUAGUUAGAUAAACAUAUUUGUGUGCUAUGAUAGUUGACAGAUUAUAAAUCUAAUACCAUUGAUGAUAUGAACGAUUAUACUACAUAUCUUGAUGCAUAAAUUAUUAAAUAUGUUUAAAUUAAUAUUUUAACUGAAUUAUUGAAUUAUUAAGUAAAUAUUGUAUUGAAUUAAAUUUUGAACUUGAUUUAUAUUUUUAAAUUAGAGUGUGUCGAUUAAGUUUUAAUAUGUUGUGAUUACAAUAAUAAUUGAGAUCUAAUCUAAUAAAAACAAAAUAAACUUAUUUUUUGUUUGUAUUUUAAUUAUCAAAAUUAUGAUUAGUACAUUUCUAAUUGGGUUUAUUUUUCAUUUUCUGGACUAUUAUAAAACAGAAGAAAUUAAAUUGUAUUUAUUGAAAAAAUAAACUAUUUAAGUAUAAAAAAUGUGCAAUAAAAAAAAAAAAAGUAUAAACAUAAAUAAAACUUUAAUAUUUAACUUAAAAGUUUAUUCUAUAACAACAAUUUCAACAAAAUUAUUUGCAAAAUAAAGACCUACCUGUUCACCUGAAUAAUUUUAAUAAUCCACUGUAUAAAGCAUUAUUUGUAUUAUCUCAUUACUCUUUCCAUGUGUUGAGUGUAAAGAAUGUAAGUACCUAAUCGAUUUGAAAAAAUGUAUACACAAUUAAGUAAUCAUAUUUAAUUACAAAAUACUAAUAAUAAUAAUAUAAUUAUUCAAGACGUAAUAAAAAGUCAUAAUAAUUUUUCUUUAAAAACUAAAAUAUAAUUUAUAAAUACUGAAUAUAAGUUACAAGUGUUAAAGCUGUACAUUUUUUUUAACAAUGAAGCAUAGAAUAUUAUAGUAUUACAAAAUGCCCUAAUACAUAAUUUUUUUAAAACUUUUUCAGAGAAAUUAUGAAUAUUUUGAAGAAACACAUGAAAUAAGAGCAAAUGUCUAGUUCAGAAUGUAUUAUAGAUAUUUUGUCUUUAAUAAAUAAUAAUUAAAGCUCAUUUUACUUUGAUAA